CUGUUACGUCAUCGCGCCGGAUUGAAUGAAGCGUCAUCUUUUCUGAUGUAGAGCGGCACGGCGGCCUUUCUUCGCUGCUCUACAUUCCUCCCAAGCUUUCCGCUUUUAUCCCGGUUUCCAGCUCGUAACAUCUUUAACCAUGAUCCGACGUUCGCAGUUCGUCGCCGCUUUGCUCCUGGGUCUGGCGGCUCUGAGCUCGCAGGUCUUAGCAGACGGGUUGGUGAACGAGGAGGUGAAGAGGACCGUGGACCUGAGCACUCAUCUGGCUAAGAUCACUGCGGAGAUCGUGCUGUCCAACCACGGAGCCUCUGCCGUGCAGAGCUUCGUGUUAGGGGUGGAGGCUGACCUGGUUCCGCACCUGGCAUACAUCGGAGCCUCGAUAAAGGGCAACGAAGAGGAGGAUGGCAACCUCGAACUGCAGCAAACCACAAUUAAUGGCCAGAGUGGGGAGUUUUACAAAGUGCAGCUGCCCUCUAGUCUGGCACCUGGUGCUCAGCUCAAAGCAAAAGUGGAGAUGACAUUCAGCCACGUCCUCAAGCCCUUCCCCACACACAUCACCCAGGCUGAGCGCCAGCUGGUGGUCUUUCAGGGGAACCAUUACCUGUAUUCCCCGUACCCCACCCGCAGCCAGACCACGCGGGUCCGUCUCGCUUCCAAGACUGUGGAGUUUUACACCAAGCUGGGCAACCCCAGCAAGAAUGAUGAGAUCGUCGAGUACGGGCCCUUCCGUGAUGUGGCUCCAUUCAGUGAGGAUACAAUGAAGAUCCAUUAUGAAAACAACACACCCUUCCUCACCAUUAGCAGCAUUACUCGGACAAUUGAGGUCUCGCACUGGGGCAACAUUGCUGUGGAAGAGACUAUUGACCUGAGGCACACGGGAGCCGUCCUGAAGGGGCCCUUUUCUCGUUACGAUUACCAGCGGCAGUCGGACAGCGGCAUCUCAUCUGUCAAAUCAUUCAAGACUAUCCUUCCUGCCUCAGCCCAGGAUGUCUACUACAGGGAUGAGAUUGGAAACAUCUCCACCUCCCAUCUGCAGGUCCUGGACGACUCGGUGGAGGUUGAGAUUAGACCCCGCUUCCCUUUGUUUGGAGGGUGGAAGACUCACUAUAUCAUUGGUUACAAUCUGCCCAGCUACGAGUAUCUGUACACAUUGGGUGACCAGUAUGCCCUGAAAAUGAGGCUAGUGGAUCACGUGUACGAUGACCAGGUCAUUGACUCGCUCACAGUGAAAAUCAUUCUUCCAGAGGGAGCCAGAAACAUCCAUAUGGACACGCCUUAUAAAAUUGAUCGUAUGCCAAACCAGCUGCACUAUACUUAUCUGGAUACGUUUGGCCGACCAGUGCUGGUUGCCACUAAGACCAACCUGGUGGAGCAUCACAUUCAGGAUGUUGUGGUUCAUUAUAACUUCAAUAAGAUCCUGAUGCUACAGGAGCCUCUGCUGGUUGUUGGGGCUUUUUACAUCCUUUUCUUUACUGUCAUUAUCUAUGUCCGUCUGGACUUCUCCAUCACAAAGGAUCCUGCUGCCGAGGUGCGCAUGAAGGUGGCUUCUAUUACAGAGCAGGUGCUGACUCUGGUUAACAAGCGCCUGGGCCUGUAUCGCCACAUGGACGAGGUGGUGAACCGCUACAAACAGUCCCGCGACACCGGGGCGCUGAACAGCGGCCGGAAGACUCUGGAGGCCGACCACCGCACCCUGACCAACGAGAUCAGCUCGUUGCAGGCUCGCCUCAAAGCCGAGGGCUCCGACUUGGCCGAUAAGGUUGGGGAGGUGCAGAAGCUGGACGGCCAGGUGAAGGAGCUGGUGUGCCGCUCCUGCCAGGAGGCGGAGCGGCUGGUGGCAGGAAAGGUCAAGAAGGAGGCUUACAUCGAGAGCGAGAAGAACCUGACGGGCAAGAAGCAGGAGCUGGUGAGCCGCAUCGACAGUCUGCUGGACGCCCUCUAGACCGCGUCCUGCCACGCUAGCACACAGACGCGCUGAAGCAUACGACCCAGAGCUUGUGAAGUAACAGCCUGGCACACAAGCUCUCUCUCACACACACACACACACGCGCGCGCACACACGUUAUCGUCCUUAAUCUCCGACGUGGACUUUCACCAUCUCAUCGUACAGUAGUGAUGGGUUUAUCCAAACACUUGUGCCUUGUGAUAAACUUGAGGUCACUGCGUGUUCAGCUCCAGCCGCCAGCUCGCAAUUGAUGGCUUUGUUUGUUUUCUCGAGUUGAAUUUCAAUGUUCAGAUCUGUUUUUUGUUCUCCCCACAUUUAUGGUUGAGGGACUUUUUUUUUUUUUUUUUUUUUUUGGAAACCAACAGCCGAAGGGCCCCAGUGUUUUCAGCCUCAUGUCUUUACUCACACGCGCCGUAUUCUACAGUCAGUCACCUCUACCUCUUAUGUACAAAGGUGAUAGUUUUGUUCAACCUUAUCUCUUUUGCACUUACAACUUUUCUACUCGACCCUAACUGGCAUUUCUAUUUGAACAAAUUUGAAGCUCUGAUUCCGUGUCAUCCCAAAUGCUUAUCGUUGAUGUUUUUUGAUGAGUCGCAUUUUCUACAUUUUGUAUGUUGUUUUUUUUUCUUUUUUUUUUUGUAAGUGGUCUUUCGUGAUCAUGAGAUUAGUGAAUGCAUGAGAUUAGGUGGUAUGUGAGAAAAGACAUGGGGAAUGAGGCGCCGCUAUUCAAUUGGGCAAUACUAUGAAAUGCUGUUGAAUUUGAAAUAAAACCUUGAGAUAAAUCAUCA